GGGUAGACAUGUUUGCCUAUGCUGACUGCGUGUGAACCUACGGCCAUGUCCACAGCUGAAGUGAUGGACCAUCCUGGAGACACGAGCCUCCUCCAGUCCUGUGGAACAGCAGACAGUCUCGCCUCGCUGGAAGAUGCCACCGCUGAGUCUACAGCAAAUGAGUCAUCGGAGGAGGAAUCGGCAUGUGCCAGAACAGAGCAAUCAAAUACCAAAGCCCAACAGAGCAUGCACACAGAAUCAGGUGCCACCCCUCGUCCCGACUCGCUCUCCCUGCCCGCUAAGGGCACAGAGCUCUGGACUACACACAGGGAUGGAGAGGUGAAGCUCAGGAUGGGUGAGUCCGGCCCUGAGGCUGAACCCUCCUUGACUGUGAACCAGAUGUUCACUUCUACAGUGCAGCGCUUUGGCAACUACAACGCGCUGGGCUGGAAAGAUGGAGAGCAGUGGAAAACCAUGACAUAUAACGAGUACUACAAGUCUUGCCGCACUGCUGCCAAGAGCUUCCUCAAGCUUGGUCUGGAGCGGUACCACGGCGUCGGAAUCCUCGGGUUUAACUCGGUCGAGUGGUUUAUUGCUGACAUUGGGGCUAUUUUAGCUGGGGGGUUUGCUGUGGGCAUCUACACCACCAACUCACCCGAGGCGUGCCAGUAUGUGGCAGAGAACUGCCAGGCCAACAUCCUUGUGGUGGAAAACCACAAACAGCUUCAGAAGAUCUUGCAGGUAAUGAGAGGUUCUUUGGCUAACACUCUACGAGAGAUACGCCCUACCGCGUUCAUGGGUGUCCCGCGGGUGUGGGAGAAGAUGCAGGAAAAGAUGAAGUCAAUUGGAGCCAAAUCGUCCACCGUGCGCCAGAAGGUGGCGUCCUGGGCCAAAGACGUGGGCCUGCAGACCAACCUCAACAAAAUGGACCUUAAUGGCAGCCUGUCCAGAAAGCCAUUAAACUAUCGACUGGCGAAGCGUCUGGUGUUCCGGAAGGUUCGGAAGGCGCUGGGGCUGGAUCGCUGUACGAGGUGCUACACGGGAGCAGCUCCCAUAACCAAAGACACGCUGGAGUUUUUCCUCAGUCUGGACAUUCCUCUGUUUGAGCUCUAUGGCAUGAGUGAGAGCUCUGGACCGCACACCAUCUCACUGCCCGAUGCCUUCAGACUCACCAGCUGUGGAAAGGUAAUUUCAGGCUGCAAGACGAAGAUCUUCAACCCGGAUGCCGAUGGCAAUGGAGAGAUUUGUUUCUGGGGCCGUCAUGUGUUCAUGGGCUACUUGAAUAUGCCCGAUAAAACCGAAGAGGCUCUGGAUGCAGAUGGCUGGCUGCACUCGGGUGACCUCGGAAAACACGACCAGGAUGACUUCCUGUUUAUCACCGGACGCAUUAAAGAACUGAUCAUCACAGCCGGAGGUGAAAAUAUUCCCCCAGUGCCCAUUGAGGAUGCUGUUAAAGAGGCCGUUCCGCUCAUCAGCAAUGCCAUGCUUAUCGGAGACAAGAGAAAGUUCCUCUCCAUGCUGCUCACCGUUAAGUGUCAGGUAAACAACGAAACGGGCACUCCCGAAGACGAACUGACUCCUGAGGCGGUGGAGUUGUGUCGUAAACUCGGCAGCAACUCCACGCGAGUCAGCGAGAUCGCCAGUGGCCGUGACCGAGUCGUAUACGCGGCUAUUCAAGAAGGCAUCAACCGCGUCAACGAGAAAGCCACCUCGAACGCCCAGCGCAUCCAGAAAUGGACCGUUUUGGAGAAGGAUUUCUCUAUCCCUGGCGGAGAGCUGGGUCCCACGAUGAAGCUCAAGAGGCCAGUGGUCAUGAAGAUGUACAAAGAACAGAUUGAGAACUUUUACAAAGAAGUCUUGACCCCAACCACCCCAGACAACCCUCUGCCUCCUAAAUAGGUGUCCAACAAAAGGCCUUGUCACCCACUUCAGAGAUAGGAGACGAAGGGACUGACAUGGUCUAAAAAACACACUUACAUAGGAACACCACUCAGA